AUGCCUGAAUGUCAUGAACGUGAAGCUUUGGGAAAUCAUACAAUAAAGUUUGUGCUUAUGAGGGGUUACUUGCAAGUAUGCAAAACUCUAAACCGAAGGAAUCUUAAAAUUGAGAACUAUAGUGUGAAGACGCCUGAUCUUCAGAGGCAUAGUGUGAAUGCACAUGAUCUUGAGAGCUUUAGUGUGAAGGCACCUGAUCUCAAAAGCCCUGGUGUCAAAUUGAAAUCAAGUCCAAAUCAAGUCCAAAUCCAAUCUAAAUCAAGUCCAAUUCAAGUCCAAGUCAAAUCGAAAUCAAGUCCAAAUCAAGUCCAAAUCAUGUCCAAUUCAAGUCCAAGUCAAAUCGAAAUCAAGUCCAAAUCAAGUCCAAAUCCAAUCCAAAUCAAGUACAAUUCAAUUCCAAUUCAAGUCCAAGUCAAUUCCAAGUCAAGUCCGAGUCAAUUUCAAGUCAAGUUCAAGUCAAGUCCAAUUCAAGUCUAA